UACUCAUUAUCUGGACCGGAGCCUCGAUCGCAAGUCCCUUGAACCGUCCGAGAGAGCCACCACACCAUUCCCUUUAGUUUUUUGGGUUUGCUCUUCCUCGCUGCGUUGUUGUCGUUGAAGCGGAGAAGGCGAGCGUCGAGCUCGACACCCCCCGGACUCGUGUCAAUGCCCUUGAAGUAGGGUGGGCUUUGAAACGGCGAGGGAAGAGGGGUGGAGAGCGAGGCGAUGUGGGUUUCUGUUGCAAUUGAGUCAGGAGGCGGGUGAAGGCCGGGGAGCUUGAGGGCUCCGCUGAAGUAUUCGUGGCAGAAUCGAUGCUCUCUGUGGUGGUAUCUGAGGGAGUUUGGUUGGCGUCGGUGGCAGUGUGAAGGGAACUGUCAAUAAGGGAUCUUCUAGUCUGCUCGUGGCUAAAGUGUGAUCACCAAUCGCCAGGGUUUUCGUCAGGGGCUUUCCUCAGAGGGUCCCUUCCAAGGAGCACUCACUUUGGUGUGUGCUCCAGCUCUGACGAGAGCUUUGUGCAGAAGAAAUGGAUGCCGCUACUGCUAAAGUAAACUAUUUCUCGUGGGGGAAACCCGCAGUGAUGGAGACUGCUGCGGAUAUGAUGUUUUGUAUGGUGCCUUUUUGGGUGGCUACUGCAAUUGGUCUACUAGUUGGUUGGUUGUGGAAACCUCAAUGGGCUAGCAUUUUGUUAUUGGGUGUGAAAAGUCGCCCCCGAUUAGUAUGGGAUACUCCUCCUGGGUUUGGAGCACGUCGGUUUUGGCUGGCAAUUAUGGCCUUGUCCGCUCUUCCCAUGUGGAAAGAGGCAUGGAAAUCAUUUAGUGCGUGGAUGUGGCCGUCUGCUGAAGUGUUGCUUGUGCCCACUGACGUCCCGGUUGACGUUGCCGGCCCUAGUGAACCUGAUGCCAAAGAGAGGACUAAGAAGGAAGUGGUGACGAAUGAGGAUCUAGAUAAGCUAAUGACCUUGGCGAACGGCAAAGACGGAGGUCCUGAAUGGCAGAUAUUUUUAGACAAAUCUAUUCAUGACCUGAAGUAUCAAGCAUGGCGUCGUGAACCCGAGCAUGAUGGGCCAACUGAAUAUAAGACCAGAACUGUGGUCGAGGACACAUCCCCAGAAUUGAUGCGAGACUUUUUUUGGGAUGACGAAUUUAGGUGUCAUUGGGAUGAAAUGCUGAUCUACACCAAAACCUGGGAGGCAUGUGAAGAGACUGGUUCAAUGAUAGUUCAGUGGGUGAGGAAGUUCCCUUUCUUCUGCAAAGACCGGGAGUAUGUUAUUGCCCGUCGUAUGUGGGAGACCAACAACACAUACUACGCCGUAACCAAGGGUACUCAGUAUGCUCCAAUACCUAGACAGCAAGCGCCAAGGAGAGUGGAUACUUUCUUUUCAAGUUGGAGAGUACGAGCAGUUGAGUCAGCAAAAGGUGACGGGCAGAUGACCGCCUGUGAAGUCUUGUGCUUUCAUGCGGAGGACAUGGGCAUUCAGAGAGACCUUGCAAAGCUUGGCAUUCGCCAGGGCAUGUGGGGGUGUGUAAAGAAAAUGAUGCCUGGACUGAAUAAGUACAGAGCGGAUCGGAAGGCAAAUUUGCCCCUAUCGCCAUCAGCAAAAAUGGCAAGGAAAUUUUGGAAAGUUCCUCGCCAUCUCCUCAGCGAGCCUGAACGUUUGACGAAAUCCUUUGAUUCUGAGAAUGUUAGGAUUGUGGCUGUGAGAGACAGUGACAUCCAGCAGGAAAACAAAAAUUACGUGAAAUGGGUUAUAUUAGGAGGUGCUGUUGCUCUGGCCUGUGGCAUCGAUAGGGGUGCUGUGGGCAAGUUUCUCGUUCUUGGAGUCGCAAGGCGCCUAGGCAGAAUUGGAAGAAGACUGUAACAUAGGUUAGUGUAACAAAGAAAAAUGCCCGGGUUCACCUUUGUCCCCACACGAAUGUGAAUGGAUCAGGUGGUUCCUUUCUUUUGCAUUUGAAUUUUGUAUUUUAUUUUAGAUUUGGUGUACCUACUCAGGCUUUCUUUUUCAUCCA